AGGUGGGGUGGCACACUCUUUCCAACUGUUGAGCAGCCGAGUCCCGCGUCGAAAGCUAAAGUGAACUCUACUAGAAGCAGUCAUGGAACAACUCUGCAAACUGUUUGUCGGUGGUCUGAAUGUGGAGACGACGAAAGAUGGUCUCCAAGCUCAUUUUGAGCAGUUCGGAACCCUCACCGACUGCGUUGUUGUGAUGAACGAGCAAAUGCAGCGGUCGCGUUGUUUCGGCUUCGUUACCUACUCCGCUAGCGAGGAGGCAGAUGCAGCAAUGGCUGCUAGGCCACAUGUUAUUGAUGGCCGCAACGUGGAGCUGAAAAGAGCCGUGGCACGCGACGACGCAGGUAAACCAGAGGCGGUCGCCAAAGUGAAGAAAGUGUUUGUUGGUGGGCUGAAGGAAGACAUCGAGGACCAAGACCUCCUUGACUUCUUUGGCGAAUUCGGUGGAAUCGAGAAGGUCGAGAUCAUUACCGACAAAGACACCGGCAAGAAGCGUGGCUUCGGAUUCGUCCACUUCGAGGACCACGAUUCCGCCGACAAAGCCGUCGUGCUCAAGUUCCACACCAUCAAGGGCCACAAAGUCGAGGUAAAGAAGGCCCUCACGAGGCAAGAAAUGCAAGCGGCGGGCAGAGGAGGAAGGGGAGGACGAGGAGGAGGAAUGCAAAGAGGCAUGAGGGGAAAUCAAAAUGGCUACGGAGGUGGCAGAGGAGGCGGUUACAACAGCUACGGUGGAGGUUAUGGCUACGGAAGCAAUGAUGGCGGCUAUGGCGGAGGCUACGGUGGUGGUGGAUACGGCGGAGGUUACGGAGGCUAUGGCGGCGGCUACGGUGAUCAAAGUGGCGGUUACGGUGGCGGAAAUGGAUACAGUGACUUUGGUAGCAGCUACAGCCAGCAACCCUCAGGCUACGGGCCCAUGAAAGGAGCUGGUGGUUACGGCGCCAGCAGAGGAGGAGGCGCACCAUAUCCCCGCGGCGGUGGGGGUGGAUAUCCAAGAGGCGCUUAUGGCGGUGGGGCGCCCUACUGGGACCUGAUGCCUGACUCAAACCACAUCAGCUGUGUGGCUGUGGAGUUUGGACGUAACGACGGAGGCACCUCGAAUUGUUUAAACCGUACGUUAGCGGUGCCGGCGAUAGCUCAGUCGAUCUUUUUAGAGAAUUGUGUGAAAAUGUCCGCUCAACUAUGUAAAUUGUUCGUCGGUGGCCUGAAUGUACAGACCACAGAUUCAACCUUGAGGCAGCAUUUCGAGGGGUUUGGAACCAUCACCGAUUGCGUCGUGGUUCAGAAUCAGUCGUUACAGCGGUCUCGUUGUUUCGGCUUUGUAACAUACUCGAGCCCGGAGGAGGCAGAUGCAGCUAUCGCCGCUCGGCCACAUGUUGUAGACGGAAACAACGUGGAUUUGAAAAGAGCCGUUGCUCGGGAGGACGCCGGUAGGCCAGAAGCAUUGGCUAAAGUGAAGAAAAUAUUUGUUGGUGGACUUAAAGAUGAUAUCGAAGAGGAUCACCUCACUGAAUAUUUCUCACAGUACGGCGCAGUCGAGAAAACCGAAGUCAUCACCGACAAGGAGACCGGCAAGAAACGUGGGUUUGGUUUCGUCUAUUUUGAAGAUAACGAUUCGGCCGACAAGGUAGUUGUGCUCAAGUUCCAUACAGUUAAUGGACACAAAGUAGAGGUCAAGAAGGCCCUUACUAAAGAAGAGAUGCAAGCAGCAGGCCGUCGCGGUGGAAGGGGCAGAGGAGGAGGCCGAGGAAUGACUCGGCCUCAAAAUGGCUACGGCGGCGGAAGAGGAGGUUAUGGCGGCGGCUACGGAGGCUAUGGCAAUGAUGGCGGCUAUGGCGGUGGAUACGGUGGGGGUUACGGAUCACAAGGCGGCUAUGGUGGUGGAUACGACCAGAUGGGGGGCGGCUAUGGUAACGGCAACGGUUACAGUGACUUUGGAGAGGACUAUGCCCAACAGCCCUCCGGUUAUGGUCCAAUGAAAACCGGUAAUUAUGCCGCCGGUGGUAGGGGUGGGGGACCAUAUGCGCGUGGAGGUGGUGGAGGAUACGGAAGGGGAGGUUAUGGUGGGUAUGAUAAAGUCCGCCAUUUUGAGCAUCGUGACUACAUAGCAGUUAGCCUUGCUUUGUCGCAGUGGUGUUUGAAAACCAAAACUAUGGAAAAUCAGUUGUGUAAACUGUUCGUCGGUGGGCUUAAUGUACAAACCACCAACGAGGGUCUCCGAAAACACUUUGAGCAAUUUGGCGAGUUGACAGAUUGUGUUGUAGUGCAGAACCAAGCGUUGAAGCGUUCCCGUUGCUUCGGCUUUGUGACCUACUCGACACCGGAGGAGGCAGAUGCUGCCAUGGGAGCUAGGCCCCACGUUCUUGACGGUAACAACGUCGAACUGAAAAGGGCCGUGGCACGCGAAGAUGCUGGCAGACCAGAAGCCCUGGCUAAAGUCAAGAAAAUCUUCGUCGGGGGUCUUAAAGAUGACAUCGAAGAUGAGCAUCUCAUUGAAUGCUUCUCCCAGUUCGGAGCCAUUGAAAAGGCUGAGGUGAUCACCGAUAAAGACACAGGUAAAAAGCGUGGCUUUGGAUUUGUCUACUUCGAAGAUAACGAUUCCGCUGACAAAGCGGUCGUGCUCAAGUUUCACACCAUCAAUGGUCACAAAGUAGAGGUGAAGAAAGCCCUCACCAAACAAGAGAUCCAGGCUGCAGGCAGCCGCGGUGGCCGAGGCGGCAGAGGAGGCGGCGGCCGCGGAAUGGGAAGAUCUCAGAACGGCUAUGGAGGUGGAAGAGGCGGCGGUGGCUACGGCAAUUACGGUGGUGGCUACGGCGGCAACGAUGGCGGCUACGGAGGUGGUUAUGGUGGUGGAUACGGUGGCGGUUACGGGGGAGGCUAUGGCGACCAAAUGGGAGGCUAUGGCGGAGGCAACGGCUACAAUGAUUUUGGCAGUGGCUAUGGCCAGCAGUCCUCUGGCUAUGGUCCCAUGAAAGGUAAUUACGCGGGCAGAAGCAAUGCUCCUUACUCCCGAGGCGGUGGCGGUUACGGCAGGGGGGGUUAUGGAGGCUCCUAUUAGGAAUGCCGGUGAGUCGCACAGCAGAGCAGCUCCAUGCCCCUAGCCAAAAACUAAACGGCCGUAUAAAUAUCCCAUCCAUUAAGUGGUCCCUGGCCGUACUGUCGGCAGGGACGUGACUGGAUCACUGAACCCCCUUUUUCCUGGUACAGUCAACAAACCUCAGCUAUCACAGGCUGGUCUUUACUCAGGUCAGGUGUUCCUUGCCCAGAGAGCCCAACCAUAGCCUACAUCGUCUCAUAGUACAACAUCCAAUCUGUAAGAGACAUGCAUUGCUCAGUCGCAAAUAGGCCUGGUUUACCAACGCGUAAUAGGACUACUACUCCUUUGGAUUCCUUUUUCAUUUACCUUGGUGGGGGACCUACAAUGUUGCAGUUUACUUUACUAUGACGAUUGGUCAUUAUUCAGUUGAACAUCCUGUUGCUUCUUGGUUGAGUUAAUUUUUCCUUUAACGAUGUACUGUAAGUUCUAUUUUAUUUGGAAAUAUGUAUUUAAGUUGACGUGUGGAUCACCAGACCCCUAUGUAUAUGGCCAAGUACCUAGUGAACUUGAUUUAGUCCUUAGUUCUGCAUCAAAACAGGUUGUUGGCAUCUGGAUCUUAAUCGGCGUUCGUAUCCCUCUUCAAUAUUUCUAUUCAAGUAUUCAAUGGCAUUGAUGGCCACUGUUAUGUUUUUUUUGGCCACAAUGUUAUUAUGAAACAUCCAAACGCAGCAUUAUAAGGACUAGGUCACGUUACUUUUAAAUAUUCUCCGUUCACUGCCGUUGUUACUGACAGAAUAUGUUGACUAUUCGUUGUAGUGAUUUUGAGUUGUGAUUCCCACUAGUGUGAUUGUAAAGCAAUUUAAGUGCAGUAGUUAUUCUAGACAAAUUGACUUUUUUUUCCUUAGUUGUUGCGGUGAUCGUGUUCAUAAAGAUAGGAAGUAUCUGAUUAAAAAAAAAUCCAGGUGUUCUAUUUUACAGACUUUACUUAAAGAGGAUCUCCUAAAUCUCAAAAGAAGUUGACUAUAUGCAUCUGUUUCAUUGUAUUACUGAUACACAGAUUAAACAUAUUAAAAACAUGUUUAUUUCAGAUACCAGCUAACUGUAUGUAUUUCCAUCAAUAAAUAUCUUUUAUUCUCUAGA